AAACGACCGAAGAAGCGCCUAGUCCCGUAGAAGAAGCGCCUAAUACGACGGAGGAAGGAACUAGUCCGACGGAGGAAGCGCCGUUGCAGGAAAACGAAGUAACAACGGAUCCGUGGGACGAGGAGGCGAAAGAAAGAUUCGAAACAGCCGUGUUCACUUUGGCCACGUUCGCUGCGGUUUUCGCUGUCUACAUGUACAUCGUAUACAGUUUGAGUAGCCCACCUACCGUGUUGGAUCAAGUCUAACACUCUCCCCGUUACCCUGAUCAAAUGAGCGAAAGACCCUAGAAUUCCGACCGACAAAGUCAACUGUUUGCGACAGUUACGCCACCCAACAAUCAUGUAAUUCGACCAUGUAACGAAAUAAAACUUGCGGAGGAGAAAAAUAAAUUUCAA